AAUAAGUCCAUCCGUGAAAUUUGCUUCCUAAUAAACAUUCCAUGGUCAACUGUUAGUGGUAUUAUAACAAAAUGUAAGCAACUGGGAACAACAGCAACUCAGCCACAAGUGGUAGGCCCCGUGAAAUGACAGAGCGGGGUCAGUGCAUGCUGAAGUGCACAGUGAGCAGAAGUCGCCAACUGUCUGCAAUAGCGAAAGACCUUCACACUUCAUGUGGCCUUCAGAGAGCUUCAUGGAAUGGGUGUCCAUGGCUGAGCAGCUGCAUCCAAGCCUUACAUCACCAAGUGCAAUACAAAGCGUUGGAUGCAGUGGUCUCU